GUUGCUGUCAUCCCUCUUUUUGUGUGUGUGCGUUCUGCUUGAAAGUGCUGGAGCAGGUGGUCUCCCAGCUCGACGGCUCCCCUCUGCGAAGCCCCUGUCCUCCGCCCCCUAAGCAUCCACAAUCAUACUCGCUCGCUGUCUUUCUCUCUCUCUCUCUCUCUCUCUUUCUCUCUCUCUCUGACACACGCAUGCACACACACGCACGCAGUCAGCCGCUCGCUCACACACUAGCUGCUAGACUAGCCAGCAGAAGCAGCCCUCUCAGCUAAUUCCAUUAUACAUUCUGUGUGGAUGCUACAGGGCUGCCUCCUAAUAGCUUUCUUAUCCCCUUGAGCCAGACCCCCCCCUUCCAUUCCCACCCCCUUCCCGCCCACCACCCUCGGUGAACAUGGCAGCGAAGGGAAGGUGGAAGGCCAGCUAGACAGAGCCGGGCUGCUGCUGUCAGGGAAUAUUCCACGUCGCGGGACGUUGCAGUCCCCCUCGCCCGUGCCGGAGGGAUCCAGGGCAGACGUGGACCAGCGCUGCAGGGCCCUCUUGCUGAAGUCAUGCAGUCCUUCAGAGAACGGAGUGGUUUCCAAGGCAACCAGCCCUGCUACCAGCAGGAACCCCAUGAAUUAUCACGCCUUGAGAAUUACAGAAAUCAUCACAGCCAGGCCAGACAAGGCUACGAGGUGCACUCCCUUGAAACAGCGGCAACGGCAGCCGUGGGAGUCGGAUCUAAGGACUGUUAUGGCCAACCUGCCUACCCCAGGUACACUGGCGGUGGUGGCUCUGCGCCAGCUAAGAAGCAGUACAAAGGGGCUAAGAUUUCAGGCCAGCCCCUACCUGGCGGUUUCGGUAACCGCCUGGGCACUGCCUAUUCGGCACAGUAUAUGAGUGAAGGCCACAUUCAGCAGAAGUGGGAGGAUCCUGCUCACCUGACGCAAUACAAGCAAGACAUGGUGGGUCGUCUGGAGGUGGCCAGCAGGCCGGGAAGAAAUGGCCCCCAGUAUCUCGAGCACAGUGUCCAGCCCAUUUCCCAAAGCCAGUGCUCCCACACCCCUCAACCCUCUGCUCCAGUUUACACCAGCCACCAUCAACAGAUCCUCCCGCAAAAUGCAUCCCCAUCUCCUCUGGCCUACAACCAGGGCCAUCUGCACUACCCCCAGCAUUCUCAGUCUCUGUCAUCCUCCACAUCGUCCUAUAUGGAAAAGUGCAGCUCUGUUUCCCACUGUUACAAAGGCUACACUAUGGGUCCCAACUCCCAAUACAGCCGGCCAGUGGGGAGCAGCAAUAGCUUAAAGCAGAGUACAUACAGAUCCCCAAACAACUACACAUACCAGCAGCCUUCUUCAAGAUCUACCUAUGAACAGCAGUCUUCCCUACAGGGGAUGACCAAUGCCCAGGACAGCCUUUCAAAAUACCAACAUUUUAGCCAGCAGCAACAGAGUUAUUGUCUAUCAGAUAUGUCUGUGAGGUCACCAGAGCAUUACUACCAGAACUGUAGCCCCAGUUCUGGUCACUCUCCAGCCCGAUCAGUUGGAAGAUCUCCUUCAUACAGCUCCACCCCUUCUCCCUUAAUGGUCAACUCAGAGACGUUCCAGUACAACCAGCCUCCCCUCCCCAUAGGAUCCUCAUCCUCUGCAGGCCUCCAGGAACAGGGGCUGCUGAUGCCCCCACAUUCCCACACAUCCCCUAGCAUCAACCACCCAAAAACAAAUUACACCGGCUCAAUGAAGGACAGAUUCUCUGAAAAGCUGCUCUCCAACCCCAGCCUAUGGAGUCUCAAUGCCCUAACCUCUCAAGUAGAGAGCAUAUCCAAUAAUGUUCAGCAACUGCUGCUCUCUGAGGCUCUCGUAGCCAACAAAAAAAGUAGUAAGCGUAGCACUACCAAGAAGGGCGAAGAUUUUAAGGGCCAAAUGCGAUCACUUGAGGACUCCACUUGCUCAGAUGUCCAGCAGGCUUCCCUUGUGACAGAGCCCUUCAACACUCCCCAGACACAAGAAGGAUACUCCAGCAGCUGCGAGGACCAGCAGGAUAGGAGCUAUUACUGCUGUGGCCAAAACAGAAGUCCAUCGCAGGCUAACGCCAAUUCACAGCUUGUCCAGGAAAUGGUGUCCUCCUGUUCUCUGACAUCACCCGAUGAAAUGUUGAACAUGGCAGAGGACUGUGUUCCCAGCUUGCAGAUUGCACAGGCUGGUAACAACCUGAAUUCUGUCUCAUGGCUGCAGAGUGGAGAGGCUGUAGUGGAUGUCAGUGUCAAUGCCUCAUUGAAGAACAUGGGAAAGAAAUCUCCCCAAAGCAUAGCCAUUCCAACCCCACAGCAGCCAGAGUUCCUUGCUGACAGUCAAAGUCCAGGAGACUCUUUUAAGGAGAACUCUGAAGAUUCAGGUUGGCAGGAAAAGCAAGUACAGGAAAACAAGGUGAUGAAGAAAACUUCAGUUUCUCACUGCAGUGACAAUGUAGAAGUCUUUAAUGUGAGUGAGCAGAUAGAGGAGAAGGAACAACAUCAGCAACAAGAGAAAGGAUGGUCAGAGAAUGAGAAAGGCCCGGCUUUGCUUCAUGUGAUAAGUAAAGCACUGACUGAAAAAAAACACUGCGGCAACACAGGGGACAAACUGUACCAGGGGAUGCAAAACCAAUGUGAUCCAGGUGAAGAAGACUGCGUUGAAAAGUGUGGCAGCCUCUGCAACCUGAGCUGCAGAGGAGACGUGGACACUGAUGAGAAACUGAUGAAAACAGAAAUGUACGCAUCAGAGUUGCCCAUUGAUCCUGACAUACCUGAGAAAACAAUGUCUUUCUUUUGGAGAGACGACUUUGUGCAAGAUCAAUAUUUAAGCAUAAAGGAGGACAACUCGGAGCUCCCCCAAUUUAACUCCAGGAGUGAGCUUUUGGAAGAGAGGCUUUCAACUGUCGAAAAAGAAACAGAAGAAGCUCUUGAAGAGCAGCACUCUGUCCCCUCCUAUCAGCCUGGUGAACUAAGAAAAGAGAAGGAGACUCUGUUGCCCUCGGAGGAGGUCAUUAAUAAUACAAUAUGGUCACGAGAAGCUGGAAAAUUCUGCCGCCUGGACGAGGAACAAAGGGACAAGGUUCCAGCAAUCACAGAAGCCACGGCCCAAGAGAACACACUAGUGAGAGUUGAAAGGAGGUCAGUAGCUUGUGACAUUGCACCUCCUACUCACUCAGCAAGCACUGCUUUCUCAGCCCUCCCUGAAAAAGCAACACCUCCACCCCAGGCAAGGGAACACAUUGAUCGCAGGGACGCUGAGGUGCUGGAGCCCGACUCCCCUCAGUUGCCAGGCAAGUCCAUUUUGCCCUCAGCACCUUCCUGGGCCAACACUCCACCCUCACCCAAGAAAGGGGAUGAAGACAUAGAGCCUGGGAUAAGCUGCCCAAGCGCAGUGACACCAUCCAUUAAACCAGAGCCAGCAGCCCCUACCGCUAAUAUUCGUCUAUUCAACAGAAAGCAUGGGCGGGGAAGAAAGGGUCAAACAGGGAAACAGAUGCAAGCAGGUGUUCGAAUAAGGAGACAUCUAAUAAUGGAAGCAGAUGCUCCCAUGGCGCGUCAGGAAGUCACGUUGCCUUCUAGCGAAAGCGAAAUAUUUCCUGAUCAUACAUGUGCUGCUCAAAAGGACAUUUCCAGGCAAUUGCCUAAGUGUUUUGCUGAGAACUUCCCUUCCAGGAUGUGUACCCGCUCUGUCAGUGCCCUAACCAAUCCCAAAGCCUUCCUCCAGCUGAAACGACAGCUGGGUCCAAAGGUUUCAGAAGAUGGUGCCACCAAGGACUGCAUGGGUCACCCAAAGGACUUAAUCACAAAGAUUAAGUGGAUGAGGCAAAAAAGCCCUGAACAAACAGCUGUGGACCAAGUGACCUGCACUGAAAGCUUGACUGGGAGUGACCAGCAGCAUGAGAGCCAGGAAACAGCUUUGAUUUUGCCUCCACUAACUAAAGACUUAAAGGCCAUGGUCCUUAGGUCUCGAAAACCAACACAGUACAACCUGCUUAAGGAAACUGCGAAAGACAAAAGGGCAAUGACUGUAUUUCCUAAGAAGAUAAAGGAAACUAAAAAGCAAAAGGAUGCUUUGCAGAACGACAAGGCUUGCUUGUACCCAAAGCAACCCCAAGCUGGUGCCCAUCAGCGAGUUUACAAAAGUUUGACUAGCAAAACAGGUGAGAAGAUUGUAUCUCCCAACAAAAGAAAGUCGAACAUCUAUUCUAUGGUCCCACUAAAAAAACAUAAAGGAACACAACCAGAGACACAUCAAAGAAAGGAUCCUCAGCUACCAGCUGCACUGGCAGGAGUGAAAGGACCUAAGAACAAGCUAAGGCGGGGAGAACAUUUUAAAGUGUCUCUGAGCAGUUACCAUACCAAAGAAAACCCUCUUGCUAGUAAUACAAGUGAGAUCCACAGUUCUCCUCCUCAAUGUCCUACGAAAACAAAGUAUCUCCCUCCAAGAAAAGGCCGAGGCCUGAAGUAUGAAGCAAUGGUUCAAAAAAUUACAUCACCAGGGUCAAAAAAGCAUGUUUCAAAUCCUCAAGUGGAGAACGUACCCAUAGAUCUGAUGUCAAAAACUAAACAGCAGGAUUUUGAACCAAAGGAAAUGGUGAAGGCCUUGGAGGAGAAGCCAGGGCAGAAUGGGAGUAUGUGGAGCAUAGAAGCAAUGACGGAUGGUGCCUGCACCAAAACUGCCAUUCGGAAGAGGAAAGGGUUGGUCACUGAAGGUGAGGAAGAGCCUGGGCCUCCAAAAGAGACCAGCGGUGCUGUUGUCAACAUGCCCAGGCUGGCGAAGCAACGGGCCAUUAAGAACAACCACGAGAUGCACUUGAAGCAGAGGAGGAAGAGAAGGAAAGGUCCUACUCCUGCUGAGAGUACCACCAGUGCAGAGGAGCCUGAGCUGCCCACCGCCGCUUCAGCAGCAGCCUUCACAGGGAAGCUGGCAAGCAGCACACAGAUGAUCAUAGAUGGUGGUGUGUGCAGGAGGGGGAAGUGCAAAGCGCUGCGCACAAAGAAGAGCCAGGCAAACGCAUUGGCUAAGGAUGGCAGCAGAAAGCAAAACAUUCUCAAAAAAACAGGGCCCAAAAAGAGAAUCAGAAAGAGCACCAAAGCUAGGAAGACUACAGAAAUGGGGCCGAGCACUAAGGCGAAGCAGAGGGAGCAAAUCUCUCCAGUGGCGCAGCAAAACCAGGCACCAACGCCUUUAAAACACGCCUUGUGUAAGACUACAAAAAAAGAAAGCCGGCCCCUUUUCUGCCCGUACGUGCACAUCGACAGUUCGAGAAGCUUUGGCUUGCAUUGCACCGUUGUCAACAGGCCUGAGGAGGAGCUGCUUCUUCUUCAAACCAAGAAGAAGAGCCCUUCCAAAAUCAAGAACUCUGUUUCUGUUGCCAAGGCAAUUGCAAACUCCUCAGUCAUGCUGCAGGGGCCCUUGGUUAAUAAAAGCCUAAUUGACAGGUGUCUGACUUGUUGCCUGUGUGGAAAGCCAGCAAAUUUCAGAGAGCUCGGGGACCUGUGUGGACCGUAUUACCCCGAGGACAGCAUCCCAAGGAAGGCACUGUCAUUCAGAUACAAACUGGAGUUGCAGAAGGACAGGGAGAAAGUGAGCUGCAGUACAGUUUCAGCCAGCCCUCUGAAAAGGGAAGGAGCGCUGAGCUGCAGUGGGCUUGCCAGCCUCGGCGGAGCGACUGAAAGGCCCACAAGGGCAGAGAGGCCAUCAGGGGAGAGCAUUAUGACCCGGCCUACUUUCCGGGAAAGAUACAGGAAGCUGCAGCAGCUCCAGGGUUGCAAUAGAAAAGCCACAGAUGGAGGCGCCUUGACCUUGUUCCAGAGGCUGCAGCUGGAGGCAGAGGCUAAGGAGCACUGGGCCCACGAGGCCUGUGCCAUUUGGACCGGUGGGGUGAUCCUGGUCACUGGAAAGCUGUAUGGCCUGAAGGAGGCAGCACACACUGCUGCUGAAACGCCGUGCUCCAGGUGUCAGAAUGUGGGCGCAUCAGUCAGCUGCUGCUGGAAGGGCUGCACACAGACGUUCCACUACGUCUGUGCCAAGGAGAUGGGUUGCUUGCUAGAAGAAGACAACUUUUCAAUGAAAUGUAUAAAACACAAGGCCAUGAUGUGAAAGCAGGCCGUGCGGAUGGGGGUGUGGAGCGCGGCGGUGCGGAGCGUGGACAGAGGGAGCAAGGCCUGCGGUAAAGCAAAUGCCUCCGCCAUCCCCUCCCCAGGAGGCUGUCGCUGGAAAACUGGAUCGCACGCUUUCAUCGUUCAUGUGUGCACAUUUCCCCGUGUGUCCAUGCGCGACACACAGCUUGCGUGUUUAUCGGUCAGAAACGACGCGCUUUCGAGGGGGACAUUGUGGUCACGCACACAGCGCGCCCCUGAACGUGCAUUCACGGACUCUGGUGGCCUACCUGUUGCCCUGGGCUGCCACGAAACUACUUGAAGGAGAGCGCCCUGGCUUGUGGAAUGGCGUCCAUUCACCCUCCUCCCCUCCCGCUAUUCUGUGCUCCGGUGGCUGCUCAGUUUAGGGUUGCAUUGUAACAACCAUCAAUAGAGGACUCUUUAAUAUAA